AUGGCGUGUAUUUGCUCUUUUAUUUUGUUGCUGUAUUUCGCCUUUGCUGGGUCUCUUGCGACGACAUACGACGACUUCAAAUACGGCAAAUUUCCUAAUGAUUUCCUGUGGGGUGCUGCCACAUCGGCAUAUCAAGUGGAGGGAGCUUGGAAUGAAGACGGAAAAGGACCAAGUAUUUAUGAUUUUUUGACCCACACCGUACCCAAUCAAUUCCGCAACAAAACGGGAGAUGUGGCGUGCGAUAGUUACCACAAGUACAAAGAGGAUGUAAACAUUUUGAAGAACUACGGAGCUAAAGCUUAUCGUUUUUCUAUCGCAUGGAGUCGUGUCCUCCCUCACGGAACAACAGAUCACGUGAACCAGCUUGGCGUCGACUACUACAACAAUUUAAUCGACGAACUCAAGAAGAAUAACAUCGAACCGCUCGUCACACUUUAUCAUUGGGAUCUACCAGACGUUUUCCGAUCGAUUGGUGGCUGGACCAAUCGAAGUAUGGUCGACUACUUCGAUAACUACGCUCGAUUCUGUUUCGACAAAUUCGGGAGUAAAGUGAAGUACUGGAUCACUCUGAACGAGCCGGCGAUCGUUAUGUUACGUCAUCCCUUUUACAUGUUUGGAUACAUAUCGAAUAAAACCAAGCUAUCGACUCUACGAUAUCGCACGGCUUACAACCAAAUACUUGGCCAUGCCAAAGCGUAUCAGACCUACAAGGAGAAUUUCUAUGCAAAGCAGGGUGGGAAUAUAAUGCUUGCUUUAAGCUCAGGGUGGGCUGUCCCAAAAACUGACUCGAUCCGGGACAUGGCCGCUGCAGACAGGUACAUGCAGUUUCAUCUUGGCAUCUUUGCGCAUCCUAUAUUUGUGAAUGGUGAUUACCCUGAUGUUGUUAAAAGCAUUGUGGGUAACCGUAGUGAGGCUGCUGGGAUUGCAAGCCGCCUGCCUAGCUUCACUCAGGAAGAGAAAAUUAUGAUCAAAGGAAGUUACGAUUUGUUUGGACUGAAUCAUUACUCCACCGACAAAGUGGCUGACAGACCCUCAGGAGACGAACAAUCGUUUAAUGCCGACGAGGCUUUCAUAAAGAGUGGUGACCCUGCGUGGCCAGAUUGGGUCAACGGUCACGUGGCUCCAUUUGGAUUUCGUAAGCUGUUGAAAUACAUAAAAGACAAUUACAACGACCCAACCGUUAUCGUAACGGAGAAUGGAGUUUCACCUCCUACAGAAGCGAGUAAAACCGGUGAAAAGAGGUUGGAUGACGCUUUCAGAGUGGACUACCAUAAGAGGUAAAUACCGUGUUUAUUAGUUGUAUUAGUUGAAUACUUAUUGUUUCAGAUGCAGCGUUUAUUAAUAUUCAAGGGCGCCGUUAAUUUCAAAAUCACAUUUCUUGAAUCACUGACAACAAUUACCGAAAAACGAUAAUUCAAUUGUAAAACGGAAAAAACGGAUAGUAGCUGAAUCCCCGGCAAAAACAAAUUAGAGACGUUUGACUGAAAUAAACUCCCCCUAUUACGGACUGCCGCUAAAGAAAGUCGAGUUCCUCACAGUGUCCGCUAUAAAGGAAGUUGACUGUAUUAUGUAAAACAGAAAUACGUUUUCAGUUCUUAUGUCUCACUUUUUGCUGAGAGAGAAUCGUAAUAAUUAUCUGAGUAGUGGUGUACACUACAAAGCUGCACCAUUUUUCUAAUUAUCCUCGAAUAAACGCGGCAUAAUUCUGCUAAUUGGGUGCGGCGUUUAUUCGAGAAGGCUUCUAUUUGAUGUCGGGGUUUAACCGAGUGAAAACGGUAAUUAACGUACAAAUAUACAAAUAAUUGUGUACCUGGCCGAGGUUGUUCAAAACCUGGAUAGCGCUAUCCACCGGCUAAAUCACUAUCCAGCGGAUACGUAUUACGGGAAACAAUUGCGUUAUCCGCUGGAUAGCGCUAUCCAACGUUUGAACAACCGGGGCCUGAAAGGUAAAAGAAUGCUGCCGUAGUGUUUCUCGCGUUCAUCUAGCGCGCGCAAUUAAAAUACUUAAUGUGUAGCUUUUGUGACGCAAUUUGUUCGCCAAGUCAUCGGAAGUUUACUAGGGUUAAUCCGAACACUUUCUUCCAGAAUUAUUAUGGAAAGAUAGUUUAAUAAAACCACAGGCGUAGAAGAUCAAACGAAACAAAACCAAAAAAACCCCACGCUUUUAAAAGAAUUUCGAAACAAACACACAUUACAUUCUUAGAGAGUUUUCGAGACUACGAAAGCUUCAGACAUAUAACGUAACAUCACCGGCGGUGUGAAGAUAUCUUGGCUAAUAUAUGCCAUGAAAGAGAAACUCAUCACAGACACGUUACAAGAGAGGAUUUCGAGUAGCCUCAACGAACUACAUGCAACAAAAGCCAGCAGAGGUUGGUUUAUGAAAGCAAUGCGUGUGCAAGUAAUUGUGAUAAAAAUCCGGUACAUUGUGGUUAAAAAUCCAGAUGCAUCGUGUGUAGGAAUCGGAAAUUUUUGUCCCUGUACAGAUUAGAUCUGCUGCCUUGCUUGCUCGCUUCAGGCUCGCUCUCGCGGCAGCAAUUAGGUUGAAUUAGGACAUUUAUCACGGAUUUUGUUACUUACUCAAAAGCAUAGGCUUCUUGACAGCUGCAACAGCUCCUCUUAGCCCUCAUAGUUUAGGUAACAGCGGCUACCUCCAUUAGACGAGAACUUGGGAAAAUCAUAGCCUUAACACAUUGAAGUCAAUAGUUUUCCUUGAUCCUGAUCAUGGGUGUUCUCAUCUAUUUAUUCCACAUUUCUGGAUUUAUUGCAGAUAUACUAAUGAGAUGUUGAAAGCGAUCACCGAUGACGGCGUUAAAGUGAAAGGUUACAUGGCGUGGACGUUGAUGGAUAACUUCGAGUGGGGAUCUGCCUACUCCACCCCGUACGGGAUACAUUUUGUCGACUUUGAAAACAACCCUAACCUCACCCGUGUUCCCAAGAAGUCUGCCAAGUUCUUCAAGCAGCUAAUAGCUGACAAUGGGUUUCCUGAACCACUUUUAAAGUCCGGAAGUUUGAAGAUGCUUACUAAUGAUGCUUUGCUUUUCACCUUCGCCGUCGCCUUGAUAUAUAGCUGAAACGUUCUAACCAUAGGGUAGAGAUAGUAACUGGGAGGAGGAGUGGAGUAAGACUCCCCUGUGGAAGAGGUGAGGAUUACUCCUCAUCCCAUUUACGGGUCUUGUUUACCGGUGAUAAAUUGUAACUUUUUGCACUACUUGGCAUCAAUUAACCCUAUUCACAUCGGGGCGGGGCUUUUGGAGGGCCUCCUUCGCUAAACAGUUAAACAACUCAAAGUAAAGAACAUUAACUGGAAGAGACCGCAAUCGAGUAUACCGCAGAACUAUUAUCUGAACUUGACCCGAAUCAAGUCAAAAUCUGAUCACCAGAAAUGUACCAAGUGGACAUAAUGAAAUCUGCAAAGUUGAUCGUACUGCUUGAAAAUUAACUGUA